UGAGCAUCUGACAAGCUCUACUUUCCACUUUCAAAAGAGGACAUCAUGAGGAUGUGAUAGGAAAAAUAGUCCUUUUGAACUUCUGAUGUUCAAACAUAAGAUAUAGUCAUAAGUUCUUUGCAGGCUUGAUGUAUCCUGAUGCAUGUCCAUAUAAAUAGUUGCUUGAGGCAUGAGAGCUCUAUGAUUCCAUUCUUUCAUAGGAGAGAACCAGGGCAGUUCUUCCGCAGAACAGCUUGGAACACUGUGUGUCUGCCAGCUUGCCUAGAUUUGCAUGAUCAUACUGGUCAAGCUUCAAGUCCAGGUUUGAGAUAUAAAAGGUGGUCCUUUCAAGUCAUCGAGAAAAUGAGAAGUGAUGAAGUUGCAGAAAGAAGCUUUCAAGACUUCCCUCUGUCUUCUUCUUAUGAAACUGCUAUGGAAGCACUUUCCUCUCUCAUUUAUCGUCAGAAGCGUGGAGAUAAAUCAAGUAUAGAUGGAAUAACUUCUUGUAGAUAUGGGAAAUUGGAGAGGAUGCAUAUUUAUCUUAAGAUGUUAGGUUUGGAGGAACAAAUAGCUGGUCUCAAAAUUAUUCAUGUUGCUGGAACUAAAGGGAAGGGUUCAACAUGCACAUUCUGUGAAGCCAUUUUACGUGAAUAUGGUUUGAGAACUGGACUCUUCACAUCCCCACAUCUAAUUGAUGUGAGAGAAAGGUUUCGUAUAGAUGGGUUGGAUAUUUCAGAAGAUAAAUUCUUACAGUACUUUUGGGAUUGUUGGAACCAGUUGAAGGAAAAAAUUAUGGAGGACUUACCAAUGCCCCCACUAUUUCAGUUCCUCACUCUAUUGGCCUUUAAGAUAUUUACCUGCGAAAAGGUUGACGUUGCAAUUGUUGAAGUGGGUCUUGGAGGGAAGCGGGACUCAACAAACGUGAUCAAAGAACCUCUUGUUUGUGGCAUAUCUUCGUUGGGGAUGGAUCAUGUUGAAGUUUUGGGAAAUACACUUGCAGCCAUUGCAUCACACAAGGCCGGAAUUUUCAAGCCUCAAAUUCCUGCAUUCACGGUACCCCAACCUCCAGAAGCAAUGGCUGUUCUUCAGGAAAAGGCCUCCGAAUUGAUGGUUCCUUUGGAAGUAGCGCCUCCCCUUGAUCCUGGAAAGUUGAAUGGAGUAAAGCUUAGCUUGUCUGGUGAUCAUCAGUUCAUAAAUGCUGGCCUUGCUGUUGCUCUUUGUAGAUGCUGGCUUCGAAGUACAGGAAACUCAAAGGAACUUUUUAUCUCAAAUCAGGAAAGCAGCUCAUCAGAUCUGCCAGUGGAAUUUCUCAGAGGUCUUUCAACUGCAUACCUUUCUGGACGGGCUCAGGUUGUUCAUGAUAUUAUUGAAGAAAUUUCUUGUGGAAAUCUGAUUUUUUACUUGGAUGGUGCUCACAGUCCUGAGAGUAUAGAAGUUUGUGCACAGUGGUUCUCCAGUACUGUAAAAGAAGACAAUAUAUCUUCUGGGAAUGAAAAAGUGAAAGAAUUGUGGAGUAAUUGUGCUGCUCAAAACGGAAAACAGAAUUUUGUUGGAUCAGAGAGAACCUCAGAGCAGGUUCUUCUAUUUAAUUGCAUGGACGUGAGAGACCCUCAAGUUCUGCUUCCACAGCUUGUCAAUACUUGUGCUUCCUCCGGUAUUCAUUUUUCUAAAGCUCUUUUUGUUCCAAGUAUGUCAACAUAUAACAAGGUCACCUCUGGUGAUACUGUCAUGCCCACAGAUUGUUCUAAUAAAGACUUGUCAUGGCAAUUCACCCUCCAGAGAAUUUGGGAGAAGAUAAUGCAUGGGAAAGAUGCUACCCUUGAAGAUAACCCCAAGAAGUAUAACCGAGAAUCCUUAACAUUUGAUGGAUCCCUCUAUGGAGAUUUUCCUCAGAAAUGCAAUACUUCAGAGGGACAUUUCACCUGCAGUGCCGUGAUUCCAUCAUUGCCAUUGGCAAUAAAAUGGUUAAGAGACUCUGUUAAGGAAAACCCUUCUGUAAGAGUUCAGGUUCUUGUAACUGGUUCCUUGCAUCUAGUUGGAGAUGUAUUGAAGCUCUUGAGGAGGUGAUGUAAGUUAAAAGCAGUUACUUUAAAAUUUAUCCAUAUUCAUUCUCUUGGCACCUUGAACAGCGUCAGGCCUACAUUGUUUAAAGCACGCAAGGUUCAUUACAUUGCUGGCUACACAAAUAAUGAUUGUCCAAUGUGAUUUCUUAUGUAAUUUAACAUUGUUGUAUUAUUAGAGUAUAACUCAAAUGGAGACUCCCAACUUAUUCAC